CUCCCACAUUCCCAAAGAGCGACAGACAUGAACAUCAUCGAGUCCCUCUUUGGGCGGGCCAAGACGCCCGCCGAGCGGCUCCGGCAGCACCAGCGAUCGCUGCAAAAGGCGCAACGAGAGCUGGACCGCGAGCGGACGAAGCUGGAGCAGCAGGAAAAGAAGCUCGUCAUGGACAUCAAGAAGAGCGCAAAGGAGGGACAAAUGGCGGCAUGCAAGAUCCAGGCGAGGGACCUCGUUAGGACCAGACGGCAUAUUCAGAAAUUCUACCAGAUGAGGACCCAGCUUCAGGCCGUUUCGCUGCGCAUACAGACACUUCGGAGCAACCAGCAGAUGGCAGAGGCCAUGAAGGGCGCCACGAGGGCGAUGGGCACAAUGAACCGGAGCAUGAAUCUGCCAGCCGUACAGAGGAUCAUGCGCGAGUUUGAAAGGGAGAGCGCGACGAUGGACAUGAAGGACGAGAUGAUGGGCGACGCUGUGGACGAGGCCAUGGAUGACGACGCAGAGGGUAUUGGCGAGGAGGAAGAGGGCGACCAGAUCUUGAAGGAGGUCUUGGAUGAGAUCGGCGUUGGCCUGGGCCAGCAGCUCGGCGAGGCGCCAGUCGGCCAACUCGGUGCUCCAGCAGCAGCACCCGCCGAGAGAGUCGCCAUCGGAGAAGGGUUGGGCGCGGGCCCAUCAGCGGCCUCAUCUGGGGGAGCAGGAGCAGGCGGAUCGGGAUCAGGCGCAGCUGGAGGGGCCUCUGGUGGCAUGAGUGACGAGGACGCACUACAAGCCCGGCUUGAUAGCCUUCGACGAGACUGAUCAGGGUUGCGCAAGAGCCCUUAAUAAUUCCCACUUCACUGCAUGUCUUGAGCCUCUUUCUGGACGCAAUACUUAUACAGUCGUU